GCCGGCUGGCGGAGUGGGGCUGCGGUUUUCCCGGAGCGGGAGACCCUUCCCUGAAUCCGGCACCGGGACGUCUCGCCCUCUCGUGGCACCUGUUGCAGGUGACAGGCAAAUCUGGUGACCUGGUAUAUUUGAAGAAAGAAGAGUAGAAGGAAAAACUAGGACAAGUCAUGUCGGAGAUACUUGAUCUCUCUUUUCUGUCUGAGGUGGAAAGGGAUUUGAUCCUCAGUGUUCUACAACGAGAUGAGGAACUCAGAAAAGCAGAUGAGAAAAGGAUUAGGCGACUGAAGAACGAGUUACUGGAGAUAAAAAGGAAAGGGGCCAAAAGGGGCAGCCAGCACUAUAGCGAUCGGACCUGCGCCCGGUGCCAGGAGAGCCUGGGCCGCUUGACUCCCAAGACCAACACUUGUUGGGGUUGUAAUCAUCUGGUGUGUCGGGACUGCCGCAUUCAGGAAAGCAAUGGUACCUGGAGGUGCAAGGUGUGCGCCAAGGAAAUAGAGCUGAAGAAAGCAACUGGAGACUGGUUUUAUGACCACAGAGUGAACCGCUUUGCUUACCACACCGGCAGUGAGAUAAUCAGGAUGUCCCUGCGCCGCAAGCCUGCAGUGAAUAAAAGAGAGACAGUGGAACAGUCUCUCCUUCAUCAGUCACAAUUGGGUGAUAUCUGGCCAGGAAGAAAGAUCAUUCAGGAGCAACAGAAGGAGCCAAGCAUGUCAUUUGAAGUGCCCAAGCUGAAAAGUGGAAAGAGUGCACUGGAAGCUGAGAGUGAGAGCCUGGAUAGCUAUACAGCUGACUCGGAUAGCAUGUCCAGGAGAGACUCUCUGGAUAAAUCUGGCCUCUUUCCAGAAUGGAAGAAGAUGUCUGCCCCCAAACCUCAAGUAGAAAAGGAAGCUCAGCCUAGGGGUCAAAAUGUGGUAUCUGUGGACGAGGGUGAAAUGAUAUUCAAGAAGAACACCAGAAAAAUCCUCAGGCCUUCAGAAUAUACUAAGUCUGUGAUCGAUCUUCGCCCGGAAGAUGUGGGGCAUGAAAGUGGCGCCUUGGGAGACAGGAGCAAAUCUGUCCCCGGCCUCAGUGUGGAUAUGGAAGAGGAAGAAGAAGAAGACAUUGACCACCUGGUGAAGCUGCAUCGUCAGAAGCUAGCCAGAAGCAGCAUGAGAAGUGGUUCCUCCAUGAGUACGAUUGGCAGCAUGAUGAGCAUCUAUAGUGAAGCCGGUGAUUUCGGGAACAUCUUUGUGACCGGAAAGAUUGCCUUUUCUCUGAAGUACGAGCAGCAAAAACAGGCUCUGGUCAUUCACGUGAAGGAGUGCCAACAGUUGGCCUAUGCUGAUGAAGCCAAGAAGCGCUCAAAUCCAUAUGUGAAGGCUUAUCUUCUGCCAGACAAAUCCCGCCAAGGAAAAAGAAAAACCAGCAUCAAGCAGGACACUAUUAAUCCGUUAUAUGAUGAGAUCCUCAGAUAUGAAAUCCCAGAAUCUCUGUUGGCCCAGAGGACUUUGCAAUUCUCGGUGUGGCAUCACGGUCGUUUUGGCAGAAACACUUUUCUUGGAGAGGCAGAGGUCCAGAUGGAUUCCUGGAAGCUUGAUAAGAAACUGGAUCAUUGUCUCCCUUUACAUGGAAAGAUCAGUGCUGAGUCCUCGACUAGCUUGCCAGCACACAAAGGCGAGUUGGUGGUUUCAUUGAAAUAUAUCCCAGCUUCCAAACUCCCCGUUGGAAGUGACCGGAAAAAGAGUAAAGGUGGGGAAGGGGGAGAGCUCCAGGUGUGGAUCAAAGAAGCCAAGAACCUCACAGCUGCCAAAUUAGGAGGGACUUCAGACAGCUUUGUAAAAGGAUACCUCCUUCCCAUGAGGAACAAGGCCAGUAAGCGUAAAACUCCUGUGGUGAAGAAGACCCUGAAUCCCCACUAUAACCAUACAUUUGUCUACAAUGGUGUGAGGCUGGAAGAUCUCCAACACAUGUGCCUGGAACUGACUGUGUGGGACCGGGAGCCCCUGGCCAGCAAUGACUUCCUGGGUGGGGUCAGGCUGAGUGUCGGCACAGGGAUCAGUAACGGGGAAGUGGUGGACUGGAUGGACUCAACUGGGGAAGAAGUGAGCCUGUGGCAGAAGAUGCGACAGUACCCAGGGUCUUGGGCCGAAGGGACUCUGCAACUCCGUUCCUCAAUGGCCAAGCAGAAGCUGGGCUUGUGA